UCGGCUGAGUUCGGCUGCUAACGGUCGGUGUGUUCAAAUCUUCGGCUGCGGCUCCUGUUGGAGACACAAGUAAAGAAAGAGCGGACAGAAAAGAAGGAAACCGACAACAGGAAGCGAUAGACGGUGUCUCUCAGCGGAAUGACGGUGCUGCAGGAACCUGUCCAGGCUGCAGUGUGGCAGGCUCUGAACCACUACGCCUACCUGGACGCUGUUUUUCUCGCAGAGCGACUCUACGCUGAAGUGAGGUCAGAGGACGCCCUCUACCUGUUGGCUACGUGUUACUACCGCUCAGGGAAGCCAUACAAAGCUUAUCGACUACUGAAGGCACACAGCUACUCCACACCACAGGUUCGAUUCCUGUUGGCCAAGUGCUGCGUGGAAUUGAGCAAGCUUGCUGAAGGAGAACAGGUUCUGAUUGGUGGAGUGCUGAACAAACAGAAGAGUCAGGAUGACAUCAUCACUGAAUUUGGAGACUCUGCGUCUUUCACUUUGUCGCUACUGGGACACAUUUACUGUAAGACAGAUCGUGUUGCUAAAGGUGCAGAGUGUUUUCAGAGAAGUUCAACUCUCAACCCGUUCCUCUGGUCACCUUUUCAAAAUCUCUGUCACCUAGGAGACAAACCAGAUCCAGAUCAGGUUUUCAGGUUGUCAUCCCCACAGAACCCUUCUAUGGCCCCGCCCCCUCCAUCUGUCAGCCCUGCCCAGAACCCCUCCCAUCGCUUGGACACCGCCUUAAUGGAGACGCCGCAGGACACACUGGAGUUAAAUCGUUUGAAUUUAGAAUCUUCUAAUGGAAAGUUGACGUCUGAUUUGUCGGUUUCCUACAUUGACUCCUCCCUUAUCUCCCCGGAGACUGGCUCUCUUCUGGGAAACACUGUUUCCAUGGCAUCAGCCGGCUCCCUAUUGGCUAAACAAAAUAAACCCAAAAGUGGGAGGAGUUUAUUGGGAGGACCUGCUGCCCUGAGCCCACUAACACCCAGUUUUGGAAUCCUGCCUUUGGAACCUAGCCCUGGAGAGCCCACAUAUCUACAGAACUUCUCAACUACCAUGGAAACACAGACCACAGCACCUAGCAAGAAGUCUGUCUCCAGGAUCAGUCAGUCAAAAUCUGUCUUCAGUCAGAGUGGAAACAGUAGAGAUGUUCUUCCCAUUCCCUUCAACCAAUCACAGAGCUCUGUGCCUCACACCAGUGGCUCCCCUCAGGUCCUUAGUCCCAGUCUGUCUGCUCCUACAAAUGUUCAGCCCAGAAGAAGCUCCAGACUCUUCACUAGUGCCAGCUCCACGGCCAAGGAGAACAGUAAGAAGUUAAAGAUGAAAUUUCCCACAAAGAUCCCAAACAGGAAAACCAAAUGUAAAUCAGCGAAGACGUCGAACAGCAACAACCUGAAUGAGAGUCUCGACAUCCUGAGGCUGGACCCAGGUCUGAGUCUGCAAGACACCAAGGUGCCACAGUACCAGAGAGCUGCUGCAGACAGUGUGAUGGCGUUGUUACGGGAGCUGGGCCGUGGUUACCAGGCGCUGUGCUCCUACAACUGCAGGGAGGCCAUCAACAUCCUGAGCUCACUGCCUCCACAGCACUACAGCACUGGCUGGGUCCUCACGCACAUCGGCAGAGCCUACUUUGAACUGGCCGAGUACACACAGGCGGAGCGUCUGUUCAGUGAGGUGCGCAGGAUGGAGUCGUACAGAGUUGAAGGGAUGGAGAUUUACUCGACGACGCUGUGGCACCUGCAGAAAGAUGUUGCUCUGUCAGUUCUGUCCAAAGACCUGACAGACAUGGACAAGAACUGUCCUGAGGCCUGGUGUGUUGCUGGUAACUGUUUCAGCCUACAGAGGGAGCAUGACAUUGCUAUCAAAUUCUUCCAGAGGGCCAUCCAGGUGGACCCAGGCUUUGCGUACGCAUACACUCUGUUAGGUCAUGAGUUUGUUCUGACCGAGGAGUUGGACCGAGCACUCGCCUGCUUUCGAAACGCCAUUAGAGUCAACAACAGACACUACAAUGCAUGGUAUGGUCUGGGAAUGAUAUACUACAAACAGGAAAAGUUCAACUUGGCAGAAAUCCACUUUAAGAAAGCUCUCAGCAUCAACCCACAGAGCUCAGUGCUGCUCUGCCAUAUUGGUGUGGUGCAGCAUGCUCUGAAGAAGUCAGAUGCAGCAUUAGAGACUCUGAACAGAGCGAUUGGCAUCGAUCCUAAAAAUCCUCUCUGCAAGUUUCACCGAGCGUCCAUUCUGUUCGCUAAUGACAAGUACAAGGCAGCUCUUCAGGAAUUGGACGAGUUGAAACAAAUAGUUCCUAAAGAAUCUCUUGUGUAUUUCCUAAUAGGAAAGGUGUAUAAGAAGUUGGGUCAGACUCACUUGGCUCUGAUGAACUUCAGCUGGGCCAUGGACCUGGAUCCUAAAGGAGCCAACAACCAGAUCAAAGAGGCCAUCGACAAGAGAUACCUGCCCGAGGAUGAAGGUGACCCCUUACCCUUGACCCUAGAACAUAAUUACAUUUAUAUUGUGCACUUACAAACAUGAAGUGGUUUUUAUGUUCAAAAACGUCCUUGUCGCUACAAACGAGCCGAUGUAAAUUUUCAGACCAAAACCACACCCGCAGAACACGGA